GGGUUAUUUUUGUUGGUUACUUUUUCCCGCGAAAAUCGCUCGCGUCCUUUCCGCGUCGGGCGGUGGAGGAUUUUCUCGGUGGGGCCUGAACCCACGUUUUGGUAAGCGAGAAAGGGGGAGCUCCGGACCUCUAAGCGAGCGCGGAAGAUAAGUGCCUUUCUGCGUUUCCACAGCAAGUCACCAUGUCUGGUUUUGAUGACCCUGGCAUCUUCUACAGUGACAGUUUUGGUGGAGACUCUGCAGGGGAUGAGGGGCAGAUCCGAAAGUCUCAGUUGCAGAAACGUUUCAAGGAAUUCUUGCGACAAUAUCGAGUUGGAACGGACCGGACUGGCUUCACCUUCAAAUACAGAGAUGAACUCAAACGGCAUUACAACCUGGGACAGUACUGGAUUGAAGUGGAGAUGGAAGAUUUGGCAAGCUUUGAUGAAGACCUGGCAGACUACCUGUACAAACAGCCUGCAGAGCACCUCCAGCUGCUAGAGGAAGCAGCAAAGGAGGUAGCUGAUGAAGUAACACGUCCUCGUCCGGUGGGAGAGGAAGAUCUUCAAGACAUUCAAGUUAUGCUGAGAUCAGAUGCUAAUCCGUCGAGCAUCCGCAGCAUGAAGUCUGAGCAGAUGUCACAUCUGGUGAAGAUUCCGGGCAUCGUUAUUGCUGCCAGUGCUGUGAAAGCCAAAGCUACCAAGAUCACUAUUCAGUGCCGGACCUGCCGAAAUGUUAUCCCCAAUAUUGUCUUGCGCCCUGGACUAGAAGGAUAUGCCCUUCCUCGGAAAUGCACUACGGAGCAAAACGUCCUGGCAAAGUGCCCUUUGGAUCCAUAUUUUAUUGUUCCAGACAAGUGCAAAUGUGUAGAUUUCCAGACACUGAAGCUCCAGGAAUCACCGGAUGCUGUCCCACAUGGGGAAUUGCCUCGGCACAUGCAACUCUACUGUGACAGAUAUUUAUGCGACAAGGUUGUCCCCGGAAACAGAGUUACCAUCAUGGGCAUCUAUUCCAUUAAGAAGAGUGGUCUUACGAAGAACAAAGGCCGAGACCACGUUGGCGUGGGCAUUCGAAGCUCUUACAUCCGUAUAGUGGGAAUCCAAGUAGACACGGAAGGCUCAGGGCGCAGUGUCAGUGGCUCUGUGACACCUCAGGAAGAAGAGGAAUUUCGGCGUCUUGCUUCCAUGCCAAAUAUUUAUGAGACGAUUGCAAAGAGCAUUGCUCCCUCCAUCUACGGCAGCACUGAUAUCAAGAAGGCAAUAGCAUGCAUGCUCUUCGGAGGCUCUCGGAAGAGGCUUCCUGAUGGGUUGACCCGCAGAGGGGAUAUCAAUUUACUCAUGUUGGGAGAUCCCGGCACAGCCAAAUCCCAACUCCUGAAGUUUGUAGAACGAUGUUCACCCAUUGGGGUGUACACCUCAGGGAAAGGCAGCAGUGCAGCUGGCCUGACAGCCUCCGUGAUCAGGGACCCAUCUUCCCGGAGUUUCUUUAUGGAAGGAGGAGCAAUGGUGUUGGCUGAUGGUGGUGUGGUUUGCAUUGAUGAGUUUGACAAGAUGCGUGAGGAUGACAGGGUGGCCAUCCAUGAAGCUAUGGAGCAGCAGACCAUCUCCAUUGCCAAGGCUGGUAUCACAACCACCCUAAACUCACGCUGCUCUGUGUUGGCGGCUGCUAACUCUGUCUUUGGACGCUGGGACGAAACUAAAGGCGAGGAGAAUAUUGACUUCAUGCCCACCAUCCUAUCCCGUUUCGACAUGAUCUUCAUUGUCAAGGAUGAACACAAUGAGGAAAGAGACAUGACUCUGGCCAAGCAUGUGAUGUCGCUGCAUGUGAGUGCCCUCACCCAGACCCAGGCUGUCGAGGGCGAGAUUGAGCUGAGCAAACUGAAGAAGAUGAUUGCCUAUUGUCGCACGAAGUGUGGUCCUCGUCUUUCUGCUGAGGCGGCAGAAAAGCUGAAGAACCGCUACAUCCUCAUGCGCAGUGGUGCCCGGCAGCAUGAAAGGGAAAGCAGCCAUCGAUCCAACAUUCCCAUUACAGUGAGGCAACUGGAGGCCAUUGUGCGGAUUGCCGAAUCCCUCAGCAAAAUGAAGUUGCAGCCUUUUGCUACAGAGGCAGACGUUGCGGAGGCCUUGCGGCUCUUUCAGGUGUCAACGCUGGAUGCUGCCAUGUCGGGCAACCUAUCCGGAGUGGAGGGUUUUACAACUCAGGAGGACCAGGAGAUGCUGUCUCGCAUUGAAAAACAGCUGAAGCGCCGUUUUGCUAUCGGCUCCCAAGUAUCUGAGCACAGCAUCGUCCAGGAUUUUGUGAAGCAGAAAUACCCCGAGCAUGCCAUCUACAGGGUGCUGCAGCUUAUGAUGCGCCGUGGUGAGAUCCAGCAUCGCUUACAGCGCAAGGUCCUCUACCGCAUCAAGUAGUCUGCAGAGUUCCCCCUGUGAUCUGAAAAAAAAACCUCACUUUCCCUAAAGUCAGCGCUGUCUUGCUUAUGAUUCCUUCAGGCUUUGCGCCUCACCCUUCUAACUUCUAUAACAAAGUUUUUCAGAGCAAAAAGGGCAAGAAGGCUGGAAUACCAGAAUCCUGAAAUUAGAGGGUCUUCCAACCGUGGACAUUGGUAGAGGUCAAACAGAAGAGUUCAUUUUAAAUUUCUUCCACGUUUCCUAUUAAAAUGUAACCUUAAUGUUUAGCUCAAACAUUAAAAGCUUUUUUAGCUGCAUUUAA